AUGGCGGCGACACGGGUGCUGCUACUCCUCUCCGGGCGCCCGGAGUCGGUGAGCUUCGCGCAGAGUGUGUGCGGCCUCCUGGGCGGGUCGGGGCUCGGGCCGUGGCCCACGCACUGCGGCCUGAAGCGCGGACAACUGGUUCUCUCGGAUAAGCCUUUCCCAGGCGCGUCGGCCAGGCUUCCGCUCCAGCGACCCCCUUUCUGCCCUUUUGCGGCCCUGGACCAACAGCCCAGGGCUCCGGGGGUCGAGCUGCCCCCGAAUGGUCGAGGUGUGGAUCUGGGUGUGGCGGUCAUUCUGCAGUCCAGCGAUCAGACUGUUUUGUUGACGCGAAGGACAAGCACCCUCAAAGUUUCGCCCAACCUCUGGGUACCGCCAGGUGGGCAUGUGGAACCUGAUGAAGAGCUGCUGGAUGGGGGGCUUCGAGAGCUUUGGGAGGAAAGUGGACUCCAGCUGCCCCAGGGCCAGUUCUCCUGGGUCCCUCUGGGGUUAUGGGAGUCUGCCUACCCCCCUAAGCUGAGCUGGGGUCUCCCCAAAUACCAUCACAUCGUCCUCUACCUACUUGUCAUCUCCCAGGAGUCACAGCAGCAGCUCCAGGCCCGGAUUCAACCAAAUGCAGGAGAGGUGAGUGCCUUCAUGUGGCUGGGACCAGACAUAGCAGCUGCAGUGGCUGCCACAGAGGAUGGGACAGAGACCCUCAAACAUCUUCCCCAGGACCUACCAUCUUCUGUCCCUGCAGUGGAACUAGCAGAGAAUGGAGGAGCCCGCCCUCUGGCCUUGCCCACAUCUACCCUGCUGCGGACAACACCAGCCACGGCAGACUGCAGAGAGAGGGUCAGCUCUGGGACCAAGUUUGCCCUCACGCUCUGGCUACAACAUCUGGGCAGGUAGAGCCGGGAUGGCAGCUGAGGUGACAGGACAGUGCUUCUUUGUCGGGGGCAGGUCCUCCUCGUCUGAGGAGCUUUCUACUGUCAGGUCAAUAACUUCAACCUUCUUCUUACUCUCCGAUGGAUUGCCCUCUUGGACUGGGCUAUACUGGAGGCCUGUGGGUGGUAAGAAGACUGUGUCUCAGAGAAGAAGCCACACAAGACUUAGCUCAACUGGGAGACAGGGGGUCACUCACCAUCCAGCCCAUACCCUGGCGGGGGGCAAACCUCAGAUGCCUCCUUCUUGGGUUUCAUUGGGCACCAGGAUCCAUCUUCCAUGAACUGGAUCUCAUCACAAUCCGAGCAGGAAUUAAGAAUCUCCAUGAAUAAACUGGGGGAGAGGAAAGAUGGGAAUUCACGUGGCUGGAACAGUGGCCACAGAGUUCUAGGACUCACCUUCCUGAACCUGUUUCCUCAUCUGCAAAUUAGGGCUGUUAUCCACCCUCCUGACCUCUCUGGGUUGUUGGAAUCAAUAUAAAGAAAGUGAAAGUGAA